AUGCUGACACCUGAGACACCUCAACUAGCGCAAAGCGAACCCUUCAUUGGGGGGUUCCCUAAAGGAACUAUAAUCUUUCUGUCAUCCGGAGAAAAAGUACCCGUUGAGGUUAUUCAAGCUGGAGAUCAAGUUCUGACUUCUGACGGCUCUAAAUCAACGGUUAUCGCCACACCACGCGCAUCUGCCACUUGUUCCACGGUUACACAGCUUUCAAACCAUCGAGCUCAUUUGAAUCGUUCAAGUCGCCCGGAUCCAUGGGGGCUGGUUAAAUUCGCAUGCGAUCAAAGACAAGAGCUAUGGCUUCUGACAACCCAGAUAUUCAAGCAUCAGUACCCAGUUGGAAAUCAUAAAGUUAAUAUCAGCCAGCUUCGUCCCUUUAGAACCCCCGAUGGUAGGGACAUCGAGAUCGUCAUGGCCGCUGGAAAAACAUUUCCUUCGACAGGCCACGAGGACGAAAUAGAGCAAUACAUUGCAGAUUGUAGUAAACAAUAUCCCGAGAAGUUAAUAUAUUGGAAAAUUGAAGCUGCAGACUUGAAAUUUAUUAAUAAAGAUGUAAUUGCUUCAUCCAAGAUUGCCACACUUCCAUUGUCCUUUGAGAAACCCGUUAUAUUACCAUGGCUAGAAGCCUUUUUCAAACGGAAAAUCUCACUUCAGGAACUCGAGGCGAUGUCGUGGCUCUUGGGUUUUUGGAUUGGAGACGGGUUUCGCAAAGGUGCUAGUUUUGCACUGCACGUCCAUGAUCAAGAUGUUAACGGCAGACUCAGAAAAAACGCUAAACUUUGGGGAAUGGAUUUGAGAAUUAAACCAUUUACAGAUUCUUUAGGUGCCAUUGGCUAUCUACAAACCUAUGACGGGCCUGUUCGUAGGUUCAAUUACCAAAACCCAUUCUCUCUGGUGCUGAAAGGCCUCAAAUUUUGGAAGAAUGGUGGUUGGAAUGAUCCCAAAAACGUACCCCAAUUUAUGACCACUGAACAAAUUCUUGUUCGCGAAUCCUUCUUGGCAGGUUUAAUUGACUCCGACGGAUGUUCCAGAAAUCAACACAGCAGUAUAAGGAUCAAGAUUGUCACCACUUUACCGCCCGUUCGUGAUUCAAUACUUGCCAUUGGUCGUUCUUUGGGGCUAAAUGUUACUGUCUAUUCAUCUCCCGCACAUAUCACUGAACAGGGUCUUCACGCAAGCGACACAUGGAUCUUCAAUUUGUUCGCGGGCAGAAAUCAUCAGGUCUUGUACGCUAUUCUCAAUAGAUGUGCUUGUGAAAGAAAAAGAAAUCCUCCAACUCAAUAUUCCAAGGACAGAGACUCGGAAGAGUUUGAAGACGCUGAUGACGCUGCGGAGAGUGAUGGCACUCUCGAUGCAGAAAAUGUGGUCGAUAAAAGCGCACCCUGUGAGAACCCUUCUGAAGAUGAAACUGCCACGGACGAGCUAGACACCGAAGAACAAAGAAAUCAAGUCCGAAAGAAUCUAUUGGCGGAAGCAGAAGAAGUACUAGAAUCUGUUGUCGAAGAGCAUGCCAGUAGUCAAGCGGCAGAUGGUGACUCGCUACUCAAAGAGCUGGAAGCGAAACCAGAUAACUACUUUGAACAUCGCCAGGGAGACGAACACAAGGACGUGAAUUUCGAGCUAGGUAGGAUGCGGUUUGGUAUAGUCCCCGCGGAAAAGCAAGAGCUGUUCGGCGUGGUGUGCGCCACGGAUUCGAAAAUUAUCACGGCGGAUCAAAUUAUUGUGGGGAGCUCAAAAUUUGUUACAAAGGAAACCGCAUCAAUUGAAUCGUAUCGGAGAGAAUGUCUUUCUUGCCACGCUCUUGACACUUCCUUGUGGCAUCGGAUACCUUGGAAAAGAAAGAGCCUUGACAGAUUGUGCAGAGCAUGUUACGCUUCCUACGUGCGCAUAAAAUCCCGAUGCGCGAAUGGUUCAUGCAAUCUGGUUUGUAAACCAUCUGAUUACAAGAGGUUAGAGGCAUUGAGACGUAGAAAAGUGACAACUCAACUGGAAGAUGGUACUCCCAUAACAGGAUUUCCGUGCGAAAAGUGUGGAAGCGCUAUCAUGCGUGAGGGCGUCAAGGGGCGGUGA